UACAUAAUGAACAUGAGCGAGGACGACCCCCGAAGGAUGGACGAGAUACGGAAAUACGCCGCCAUCUACGGACGCUUCGACUGCAAAAGGAAGCCUGAGAAGCCGCUUACCCUGCACGAGGUGUCUGUGAAUGAGGCGGCGGCUCAGAUCUGCAAGUAUAUGCCGGCGCUCUUGACGCGACGGGACGAACUUUUCCCGCUCGCCCGCCAGGUGGUGCGCGACUCCGGCUACCAGUACUCCAAGGGGCACUCCAGCAGGUCCCAGACGGUGGUGGGCCGUGAGGAGGAACCCAGGACCAAGAGAACCAGAUCAGACUCCGGCCACGACGCCGGCGACCUCAAGAACGACCUCCAGUGGAAGAAGAGACAGGAGCGACUAGAAGCCAUCAGCGAGGAGCUGCGACAUAUGAGUGAACGAGCGGAGGAAGUACGGACGAGUCUCAGCUCUGGAGGCGGAGACGUCACGGCCCUCACGUCCCAGAUGGACGCCCUCCAGUCCCGGCACUCCCAGCUCACCCUCGAGCAGAAUGAGCUUCUCAAGGCCCAGCGCAAAGCCAAGAGUGACCGAGUGUCUGUGUGCAGUGAGGAACGAGAGAGAGGAGAGGACUCCGACUCUCAGUUCUCCUACAGCGGCGCCAGCUCCCCUUCUCAGCAGUUGGUGCAGGACACCCUUGUGGACGAAGGUCUGCGGGUGGUGAAGGAGUCCCUAAACCAACAGAAGGAUCAGGUCUCCCGUCCCCAGGACUCCUCCUCCUACCAGCGGAACUCCCAGCAGCAGCAGCAGCAGCAGGACGGGCCCGCAGGGAAGCACAACUCGGCGGGCGGUGCUCCUACAGUGCCUGUCUCUGCGGCCCCCUCCGCCAACGCCCCCGGCAGAUUAGUCUCUCCUCCCACCACCUACUCGGAGAUGUUCUCCUACCCUGAAAAUAAGGUGCUGUCCUCCAGUCAAGGAAACAUCAUCGCGGUGGCCAACCCCGCGCUCUCCAUGUCUGCCGCUAUGGUUCCUUCCCAGCUCAGCGACGAGGAACGUCACAUUUCUGCGCUAUACACCCUCAGUCAGACCGUAGGGGCAGCGGCUGCUGCACGGGGAAACUCCAUUAAGCAGGAACCCAAUUCUCCGGGCGCCACCAAGCAGGAAUAAGUGCUGAGUGGGGCACCUUACUGGGAAACUAAUAAGAGUAAGGGAACCAGAUUAUCCGGGGGCGCUUGACUAGUUCUGAUUAUCCACGUACUUUUGGCUAAUUCUUCAGAUUAUCCAGGAGCUCUUGACUAGUUCCUCAGACUCUCCAGGAGAUUUGGACUAAUUCUUCAGACUAUCCUGGAGUUCUGGACUGAAUCUUCAGACCAUCCAGGAAUUCUCGACUAGUUCUUCAGACGUCAGUGUCUCCUGUACACGAGUUAAUUCUGUAAGACCCUCCAGAUGCCUAUGACAUCAAGCCACCUCUCCAGGAACAGGAACUAUCGGCCAGUUCUUCAGCUCUACAGACAUCGUCUCACAUUAGAAUUUUCUUAUUUAUAAAUAAAGUGUCUUCAAGUGCCAUCUACUACUUGUAAUUCCCGGUUAUUUAUUAAGCAGUUCAGGAAUAACUAAUACAACUUCUCACGUUGACAUUCAGUUCCCAAAGUAUGAAACCAUCAGGCAGUCUGUGACUGUUUUAGUCUACGAGGCCCAAGCCACUUGAAAGCCUUAGACUAAAACUGGUUUUAGUGUCAUGUUACUAAUGUUUAACUCUGACUAUUCACGUUUCCUAAGUCGACAAUGGCUCUCAGAGCAAACUAACAGUCCAAGAGUCAACAUUAACAAGAAGUCACUCCAAGAGAACUACUAGUCACCAUUAAACCAUAAAGAGUAACACAGAUAUUUAUGAGCAACCAGUUGAAAUACUGAUUACGUUUUCUAGUAUUCAAAACUCAAAGCAUCAUCGAAACCUCGGUGGGACAGUGGCAUAAAUAAUGAGCCUAGAUAAACCCCAUGAAGAGACUUAAGUGACAGUAACUCAACCAUUCAGUUGGUGAAAUUUGUUUCAGAGUGUAUAUGUGAGAAAUUAUCCCUGUGUGCAUUGACUCCUCCUUCCUCCUCCAUCUGACACUCAAGUGGCUUGAUUGAAUUGAAAUUGAAAUUGAAAUGUCUUGAUGUGUUCUAACAAAAAAUGAAGAAAUUUACAAGAGCAGCUACAAAACAAGUUAUUAUUCUCACAACUAUUGGACGCUGUUUUCUGAUCCGUGUCAUCCAUUGUAACUUUGAUGUAAUCAAAUUGAAUAUGAAAUUUAUGUGUCAAAAGAAUUAUCCUCAAGUCGAAGGUGAAAAUCUCCAAAUCCAGGCUUAUUAUUUGUUUGUGUUUUUGUAGGUUAUUUUCUGUGUUGCCUGUGUUUAAAUAUUGUUAUUGUUUGUCACUGGAGAGGCCAUGGCAACACAAAAGCUCAAGACCAUAACAACACAAACUCGACGCCAUGGCAACACAGAUACUGGAGGUCAUGGCAAUAGAAGAGCUCGAGGCCAUGGCAACACAGAUACUGGAGGUCAUGGCAAUAGAAGAGCUCGAGGCCAUGGCAACACAGAAGCGACAAGUGUCUCAUAGCCUCUGCUGUUGUAAAUGCAAUUUUAACAUCGCCAAUCCAAACUUUCUCAGAACUUGGGUUGCUGUGAGUGAGAAGAGAGAGGGAUAAUGCUGGAACAUUAAAAUGAACAAAACUCGUAAGCAACGAACCAAAUAAUGCUGAAUACGUUGCCAUUUGUUGGUUGAAUAAUUAAUCAAAUCUAAGUGGAACUUUAUGAUGUAUUAAACUUGGGCAUAAAAUAUUGGCUUCAUAUUAGAAUCUUUUGUAGUACAAUUAUCAUGGACAAAAACAGUUUCCCUCAGGAUGCAAAUGUGUGAAGGAUUCCAAGAAUGCUACAUCAGGUCUUCCUGUUGACUGCUACCUAAAUCACAAAUUAUUGUCCUAGUAUUUCAUAUCCUAGUCUUGCCCUUGUUAUUAAAUCCGUGGGUAAAUCCAAUUAUUAUAGCUUAAAUCAGUUUUGAAAUUUCUGCAAAGACCUGUUAAUUCUAGCAUGUGUUCCAAUUUCCACUGUGACACGAACCAGGCAGUUGGGCACACAGUUGGGCACAUCUGAUGCAUGACAAGAUUCUGUUCUUGCAAAGAACGUCAUGUGAGCAUUGAGGUUUUGGAGAUUUUUCCCCUUUGCUGCAAGAAACUGGAUCUCUUCAUGUCUAAAGCUGAAUCUAAGUAAAGGUUUUGAUUGCUCUCUGUCUCUCUCCUUCAGCUGUUGUGAAAACGAUGUCAAUAUGGUAAUAGGGAAUUGUAAUCUAUUAAUUAAAAGGGUGAAGGGGUACAUUGGAUGACAUUUAAUUAUAUAGGACUCCAUCGCAGAGUGAAGUGGACACCACACCUUAUCCUAGAUUGAAGUUAGCCUGAAUUACAGUCGCCUUUUGAUGUGUUGGGUCUAACAUGGAUGAGGCUUCCUCCAGUACUUCGGCCUUGUGAUGCGCGAGGGCAAACAAGGCGGUGCUUCGUUGAAUACUGUGUUAUGAGAAUGAAGAUGUAGCUCAGGGCUCUCUGUAAGAUGUUCGGAGAUCUCUAUAGAGUGCUCAGAGGUCUAUAUGGGACGUUCAGAGCGUUACAGGAUACUCAGGGCGCUCUAUAAGCCGCUCAAGGUUUUCUGUUGAAUGCUCAGGACUCUAUAGGGUGCUCAAUGCUCUAUAGGGUGAUCAGGGCUCUAUAGUGUGCCCAGGGCUCGGUGUAUGGGUGUCAGCAUUAAAGAGAAUCUCGUGGUGGAGUGGUAAAUAGACGUGAAAAUUUAAAAGCCUAUUACAAAGAUUUUAAGUGAUUGAUAAUCAAAAUACAGAACCAUUAUUUAAUAAUGAAUUUCCAAUAAUAACACCAAAAUUAUUGUUUAAAAUAUAGUGAAAUGGUAAUUUCUCAAGUUAUUUGAAUAUAUUUAUUUAACUAUAAGUCUUAGAGCUUUCUCUUGAUAAUAACUUGACAAGAAUUUAUUUGACGUUCCUGCCUCAAAAACAAUCAGCUGAGUAUCUUGCAAUGUUCCUAAACUCAUUUUAUGAUUGUAAGUUAUAUUUUAGGAUGGUCCAUAAUCAACAAAUUAAACUUUAAGGUAGUCACGAGAGGACUGUGGUCGUAAGAAUACAUACGAUGGUCGUAAGGACACAUACGAUGGUCGUAAGAACACAUACGAUGGUCGUAGGUGUUGGUAAGACGCUCUCACCAAGAAGCGGCUAUAGGAGAAGAGUCCUUGAGUGGUGGUGAUCACUGGUUUAGAUGCGCUCUUGAUCUGUGCUUUUUAAACUAUCCUGUUACUCAGGGUUUAUACUCUUGUACUUUGCUGCGUUUGUGCAUUAUUUGUGAUUUGUUCAUACCUGGGAAAACAACCUCCUUUUUUGGCUCAGUUGUACCUGAAGAUGGUGAGGACAGCCCGAUGCACCUGAGUUGAAACAACCCUGUCGUUUUAAGUUUUCUCACUUACUUGAAGGAAUAAUUCUUUAGGAAGCCUCAAGUUGUAAGAUGUGUGGGCUUGCUGAUAGUUAUGUGAGAGUCAACUGUGAUAUAUGUGUGCAAGCGGUCUCUGUCGGGCCAUGGUAACUGCUGGAAGCUGGGGCUCAAACCUUCAAUUCCUGGCCCAAGUUUAUCACUUGAAGUCCUUUAGCUAAAAUAUAUAUAUCAGCGCCAGGAGUCACAUAGCACUUAAUGUCCACUGACGAGAUUGUAGCUCUUACCUCGAUCAUGGCGGCAGAGUCAGUAUUUACUGAACCAGUUUGUGAGCCCUGAAGCCCCACGAAGGCAUCCUGGAUCCAUGAUUAUUAUUGUUGUGGACGACCUCCCAGCGAUUCGAAGUACCCACAAGUUUAGCAAGUACCCACAAGCCGCCAUGAUCCAGGUAAGAUAUCCAGGUCUCGUAAGUGGCCACAUCAGUGUUCUGUGAAUCCUACCCAGAUAUCGAAGCAAUUAAAUUCAUUGAAAUACACAGCGAUAUUUGCGAGAUUUUAAAACUUGACCAAGUCGAUUAUAUAUAAUAGUUUUGAAUAUGAGUAGUUGAGUUUAUCAAUUUAUUUAUGUAUAGCAUUUCGAUUUUUUUGCGUGAUAAUCUUAAGCCUAGCUUUGAAAGUUUGAGCUGAGCUGCACAGCCAAUAUUUGCUUUUAAUUUUGUGAACUCUAGGUGAGAGAUGAUUCCUGUAGUAAUUUUAGAUAUUAGAUUGGUGUAAUCUAGUUGUUGGCUUCAUCAGUGGAGCCAUACUGGCGUGAAUGUUUGCAUUUGUCGUGUGGUGAGCGAAAAUGAGCUCUACGCCCUCUACUACUAAGCAGUCAUAGAUUCUUUAUGUGAUAUUGUUUCUUUUCUGUUUUUAUUUAUAGACUGAACUGUGCCGUAACACGUUUAUCCUCUUAACAAAAACUCAUAGCAGUGACAAAUGCUUAUUUUAUGAUGGAAAAUUUGCAUAGCAGUGACAAAUGCUUAUUUUAUGAUGGAAAAUUUGCUAGGCUUGAAUAUAGCUAAUUCUCGGUGCCAGUCAUACUGGGCUACCGUGGAAAUAAUCACAACAGAUGUGUAUUAUUAUUGUUAUUUGUAGCAAUCAUUUGUUAUGAUUUGUUCUCAUUCGUCUUGUUCUCCCUAUCCCCGAACAUCAUACUUUAGGUGAGCCUCUCUCCACAACCUCAGUGUAAAUUGUCGAAAGUUGAAAGGUUUAGUCAAAAAACUAAUAAACAUUUCGUUGUUCAGUUCGUGUUUAUGUUAAUUAAGGAAGGUAAGGCAGCAUUGUGUACAGAUGAGGUGAGGGAAGCAGCAGCCCGGAGCGCUCCUAACACUUAGCUAGUAAUGGUAUCAGAUCCAACCUAUCACCCAAAAGUGAUAGUAAUUAUAUCAACUGUUUGUCGAACGUAUGAAGCUGAACUGAUGCGCCCACAAACUCCACGUUUCGUGCUAUAUAUUUUGUUGAUGGCACAAGACAAGGCAACAACAACAAAACUUAAACGUUCCUAGGCCUAAUUUAUCAUAAAUGUAUACUAAAUUAUCCCAAAGACGGCAUACAUUAAGCCUAGGAUUGCCUGUUGAGGCCUAGGAUAAGUUAGGCUACGUUCUACAGUUACCGUUCCCAAUUAUUAGCCUACCAUUUGUAAUGUUCCAAUAAUACAAAACGAGAGCUUUCUGGUGGGGCUUCAACUGUUUAUUUUUGACUGUUCAAGCAAUAGUUCAUGUAGUUACUGUGCUGUAAUUUUUGGAGAAUGAGUUGCGAGAGGAAAUAAUAACUGGACACGUACAUAAGUCUGAACCAUUGUAAAGAAAUACUCGUACUUGGCACACUAUCUUAACCGUCCUGAGUUAUCAGCAACUUCUAACUGCCGGUGAGUUAUGACCAUGUGAAACUCUUCACAAAUUCAUCACUUCACAUCAGUGGCGUGUAAGUUUUUCCAUAAUUGAUGUUCAACGCAUUAUUAAUAAUUUUCCUAAUCUCCUCGCCUAUGUAAAGUUAUGAAAUCUUUGACAAUUUUGAAGCUAAAGGGACAAUUGCGAUGCAUUCGAAAAGUUUGGCGCUGAUAAAGACAUCAUGAGAAGAACGACUGAAAAUUCUAGAGUUAAACUGUAAUUUCGUUAUUUAUGCGUUUAGUGUCGCUUGCUCUUAUACAACUUGUGAGGAAGUAGUCAGGUUCACUUGUCUUACCGUUAUGUAGUGGGAACAACGGGUACGACCUGUCACGUACCCGUUACCUGCAACUGAUGUACUGGGAACAUCAGUUACGACUUGCGUCUGUUACCGUUACUUAAUGAAAACAGCGGCCAGGUAUCCUAGCGAGACUACACCAUUUUAGACCAAGAUGGAUACCAUAUGUUACAAGCAUCUUAAAACUAUUAGUUAUUGUUUACGGUCUUAAAACCCGUAGGACUCGCGUUGUGAAUACCUCCAUUAAGCAUACAGAAUAAGUUUAAGAGAAAAGCUAUUCGGGUUAUUAAUAAAUUCGUUUAUGGUACUGUCUUUCUCGAAUGAAAUAUGUGAACGUGCGUAACCGCGUUUUCUCUUCCAUUGUUGGGUUGUUAAAGACGUGUAAAGCAAGUGCUUGAGACACUACAAGAAACCUCAGAUGCAAGGAUCAACACAAGUCAUAAUCUGUCGCUGAAUGCCAUUUUUUUUUUUUAGCAAAGAUUUUCAUAUCGCAAAAGGAACACAAUUUCUGAAAACAAUGUAAUUCACGUGAAAUUGAUUAUUGUUAUUAUUAUUCUUUGCAAA